AGGCAGAAGUGCAAGUGCAACCACUUGGCAGACACGGCAGUGGAGGUGUUCAAGCACGGAUGACAGCAGGUUCGACAGAACAGGCAGCAGAUGUGACGGAGAGGGGAAAAGAAACAGUUUGAAAGCAAGUGAGACUCUGGACUGCACAGCUGCAACAUGGGUGAGUCCAGCAUUUGUCAAGUGAAAGCUACGGUCAUGAUGUACGAUGACGGCAACAAACGCUGGGUGCCGGUCGGAUCCGAUGUCCCUCACUUCAGCCGUGUCCAGAUUUAUAACAACCCAACAACAAGAACCUUCAGAGUGGUGGGCCGCAAACUGCAGCCUGACCAGCAGGUGGUGAUCAACUGUCCCAUCGUCAAGGGGAUGAAGUACAACCAAGCCACACCCACCUUCCAUCAGUGGCGGGAUCCCAAGCAAGUGUGGGGGUUAAACUUUGGUUCCAAAGAGGAAGCUUCUCAAUUUGCCAGCUCCAUUAUGCAUGCCUUAGAAACUCUCAAUGCAUCUCCGAGUGCAGGUCCACCACAAAACGGGCCGUCUCCACAACAGCUGGAACAGCAGAGAAGGCUGGAGCAACAGAAGCAGGAGCAGCAAGAGAAGGAGCGACUGGAAAGAGCCUCACAGGGGCCUCCCAACCCUCCUGCAGCCCCUGCUCCACCUGCUGCUCCUCCUGCUCCACCAGCACCUCCGCCACCUCCAGGCCCACCCCCUCCAUCCUCUGGGUCCUGUCCGCCUGCACCACCUCCACCACCUUCAGGUGGCAUCCCACCUCCACCACCACCCCCUCCUGCAGGAGGAGGAGGAGGAGGAGGAGGCGGUGGGGGAGGUGGAGGUAGAGGAGGUGGAGCCAAUGAUCUCGCUGCAGCACUGGCUGGAGCCAAACUGCGAAAAACACCUAAAGAUGAUGGGGGAGCAGCGCAGGCCCCAAAACAGUCUUCAUCUGGUGGGGGUGGAGGAGGAGGAGGAGGUGGAGGAGGAGGAGGUGGCCUGAUGGGAGAAAUGAGUGCCAUUCUUGCAAGGAGAAAGAAAGCUGCAGACAAGCCAGCUGUGAAAAAGGAAGAAACAGAUGAAUGCGACUCGUCAGUUUUAAAAUCCCCAGUACAAGCAGAAGUCAAACCUACCAGGGAUAAAUCUGCCACCAUGCCCAGGCUCAAGUCUUCAAUCAAUACUCAAAGAGAUUCAGGCCCAAACUUCAGCUCCACCACAAGCCAGUCCCCUACCACUGCUGCCACUCCAGCAUUCAGACCUAAGGUGGGGAAUAAGACAUCUGAGAGUGCAGACAAUAGUGGCGAUAUGGAGCGUUUCAAACAGGAAAUCAUUGAAGAAGUGAGAAAAGAAUUCCAAAAAAUGAAGGAAGAGAUUAUAACUGCACUGAUCCAGGAGAUGCAGAAAGCGAAUCUGGAGGGUGAACUCUGUUGACAGGCUCAUGAACUGUCUCACAGAGGGAAUUGAGGUCAUGCCAGUGUGGUGUCACUCCAAAGCUAGGGCACCUUUUGCUUUUUUCACUUUCAGUUUAGCAGUUUUUGUCCUUCGAGAAGGAAUCUUUAAGACGAAAAAAACUUCUCCUCCUUUAAAACAUGGAACUGUCUAGAACUCGGCUAAUUUUCCUCUCUUGAAACGCACCCCUCAGUGUAAUCCUUGUUCUUCCUGUAUUCAACGUAUGGCAUAAGUCUCAUCUCAUUUUCAGGUUUUUGAUUACCGUAGUUAAAAGCCAUGUACAGUCACAUCAUCAGGAAGUGUUUGCUGACUAAAAAAUGUUUUGCAACAGUGUCAAUGUGUUUCACAUAUGUGGGACAGAACUUCAACUUUGUGCAAAAGUAGAUUCUGUUGUAAAAAGGGCCUUUUACAAAAAUAAAACAUCUGAAAGCCAUUAAAACAAAAGAAAUGAGUGAUUAUGUGUAACCUGCAUAGCCAUAAAAAGCAACAAAUACAUGAAUAAAAAGUGUGUCUCAUGAAUUGCUGGAUAUCUUUGUUUUUUUGUUUUGUUUUUUGCUUUGACUACUGUGUGCAUCACAGUCACUUAUCUUUUUCCAAAGUUGCAGAUAACUGUUCUGUAACAUCCUUGAUUUUUCUUGUCUUUUUUUGUUUUUGUUUUAUAAAAACCUCUCUGAACCACUCUUACAACCUAAUGCAGAUGAGUCCAGAUGGAUGAUCAUGCGAGUUCAUUAAUAGUUGGUUUAAAAAGUUCCUAUUUGAACAAACUUUGUAACUUUUUUUUUUAGCUUUUGCUGUACAAAUAAUUAAGAUGAAAAAUGAUGAACAAAAUAAAAGUUUGUUCUGUCUGUCUGUGAA